AUGGCAUACGAGAAAGAACUUGAAAUUGCUCUCCUGGCCGUCCAGCGCGCCUCCAUCCUUACAAAGUCGGUAUACGCGAGUCACUCCAAGGGCACUUUGUCCAAGAGCGACUCGUCCCCCGUCACAAUCGGCGACUUUGGCGCACAGGCCUUGAUCAUUGCAUCCAUAAAGCACGCUUUCCCCGAAGAUGAGAUAGUUGGAGAAGAGGACGCCGAUGAUCUCCGCAAGAACGACUCGCUACGCGACCUUGUCUGGGAUCUCGUACAAGCAGCAAAGUUGGACGACAGUGCAGCAGAAUCCAAGAUUGGCGGGCCCAUCAAGAGCGCCGACGCAAUGUUGUCUGCUAUCGACCAGGGAAACAGCGAGGGAGGCAGGAAGGGAAGAAUUUGGGCACUUGAUCCCAUUGAUGGCACAAAGGGCUUCCUCCGUGGCGGACAGUACGCUGUCUGCCUUGGAUUGCUUGUAGAUGGUGUUCCAACUUUGGGUGUCAUUGGGUGCCCCAACCUCCCAGUAGAUGACCAAGCACCCCUUGAUGUCACCACUGGACAGGAUGCAGAUGACAAGGAAGGUAAGGGUGUUUUGUUUGCUGCAGUGAAGGGCCAAGGUGCUACCAGCCGACCGCUGAGCAAGGGCGCCCUCCAAGAGCCAAAGAGUAUCAAGAUGAAGCCGCUGUCAGACGUUACCCAAGCUACCUUUUGCGAGUCUGUUGAAGCGGGUCACUCAUCACAAGGCGACAAUGCUGCCAUUGCCUCCAAACUCGGUAUCACCAAGCCUUCGGUCCGUAUGGAUUCUCAAGCCAAGUAUUGCUCCAUUGCCCGUGGAGCUGGCGAUCUGUACUUGAGAUUGCCCACUAGUAAGACUUACCAAGAGAAGAUCUGGGACCAUGCUGCUGGUGUUGUCCUCGUCCAAGAGGCAGGCGGUGAAGUCACUGAUGCCUAUGGAAAGCCGCUUGACUUUGGUCUUGGUAGGACACUCAAAGAAAAUAAGGGUGUAGUUGCGGCUCCCAAGGAUGCUUUCCCACAAGUUAUUGCGGUUGUCAAGGAGGUUCUGAGCGCGAAGCAAUAA